AUGCUUCAAAAUUUUAUUCAAUAUUAAUCAUUAAUAGGUAAAUAUAUUAUCCUAUUGAAAGAAAAUCGAGAUAAAUUACUUAAAUUUUUAUAAAAUUGGCAAUUAUUGCGAAGUUAUAUGCUGAUAGGCUACAAUAAUGAAGAAUCAGAAAUUAAAUUUUCAAUUUAUUGUACAUGAAUUUUUUUAAAUAGAAUAAUUGUACAUUUGCAGACGAUUAUUUAGACUUGGAAAGAGUUGUUAAACAAUUCUUAAUAUUUUAGAGAAAAAAUAAUUACAGAAUCCAAAAAAAGCAUAUAAUUAAAUUCCCCAUGCAGUCAACGAAAUGUCUACAUAUUCUGUGUAUAUAUUUUAUUUCUUAUUUCAUUUGCUUGAAAAUAUUAUGGUCAUUCAUUAAAUGGGAUUUUUUGAGAAAAAAAUUAAUCAUAAAUUGUUAAAAAUAAUAUCACAUACAUUUUGGACUUUGGGAUUGUUAACUUAACUUGUUUAUUAUUUGAAUAGACUAAGAUCAGCAUUUAGAAGGUAUUUUGAUCUUUAUUAGAGAGAGAGUAAGAAUUGAAAUCUUAAAUCUAAAAUGGAAUGACCAAUGGAGAAUUUCUUGAAUAUUUGAAGUAAUUUUCAAAAGAAAGAUAUUAAUAUGGAUUAUUAAUUUUAAGAAUUAUUGGAGAUUUAGCUUGCGCUAUGCAAAAAUCAUAAAUUCCUGAAAAAAUUGUAAUAAUUUUUUUUUUAUCAAAGUUACACACAAGAUUUAAUAGAGGAUUGGUUGCUUGUGGAGGUUUAUUGAGUUCAUCAAUAUAAAUUUAUAUAUAAGCAACAAAAAUAAAUAAAAAAUAAAACUUUGUUGAAAUAUGAACAAUGAAAAGUUUAUGUAUGUAUAUUUACA